AUUCAUUGAAAAUUGGUCGGCCAUGUUUGUUGGGUGUCGCAUUUUCAUCUGUCAAAUCGUGAAGUAGCCCUUGGAAGUAAAAAAAAUACAGAAAAGUUUGCCCCCUAUAACAAAAUACAUUUUCCUGCAAAGGCCCGCUCGUUCCGGGCACAGUUUUCCGUUCGUUUUUGUGUAAAACCAGUGAAUAAACAUGACGCAGCCUACCCUGCUACCAAUCAAAUUUCAGGAGCACUUGCAGCUCACCAACAUCGGUAUCAAUGUGGCCAACAUCUCGUUUGCCACUCUCACCAUGGAGAGCGAUAAAUUCAUCUGCGUCCGCGAAAAGGUGGGUGACACCUCACAGGUAGUCAUAGUGGAUUUGGCUGAUUCGGCUAAUCCCAUCAGACGUCCAAUCACAGCUGAAAGCGCCAUCAUGAACCCAGCAUCUAAAGUUAUCGCGCUAAAAGGUAAAGCCGGUGUCGAAGCCCAAAAAACCCUUCAAAUCUUCAACAUUGAAAUGAAAUCGAAAAUGAAAGCACACACCAUGGCAGACGAUGUAAUAUUUUGGAAGUGGAUAAGCCCCAACACUCUGGCUCUAGUAACAGAAUCUGCAGUCUACCAUUGGUCGAUGGAGGGUGAUUCACAACCUGUUAAAAUGUUCGACAGACACUCGUCUUUGAAUGGUUGCCAAAUCAUCAAUUACAGAACAGAUCCUAAACAAAAUUGGCUGCUUUUAGUUGGUAUUAGCGCCCAGCAAUCCCGGGUAGUUGGUGCAAUGCAACUUUAUUCAGUAGAAAGAAAAUGUUCACAACCUAUCGAAGGACAUGCAGCUUCAUUUGCAACUUUUAAAAUGGAUGGCAAUCCAGAACCGUCAACCUUGUUCUGUUUUGCUGUUAGAAAUGUCCAAGGAGGCAAGUUGCAUAUUAUCGAAGUGGGACAAAGUCCUGCAGGAAAUCAACCCUUUCCCAAAAAAACUGUCGAUGUGUUUUUCCCACCGGAAGCUCAAAAUGAUUUUCCAGUAGCAAUGCAGGUUUCCAACAAGUAUGAUGUCAUCUAUCUAAUAACAAAAUAUGGCUACAUUCAUAUGUAUGAUAUUGAAACUGCUACUUGUAUCUACAUGAACAGAAUUUCUAGUGAAACUAUUUUUGUAACCGCUCCCCACGAGACUACUGGAGGAAUUAUUGGGGUUAACAGACGAGGACAAGUUUUGUCAGUAUGCUGCGAUGAAGAAAAUCUUAUUCGUUAUGUAAAUCAAGUUUUACAUAAUCCUGAUUUGGCUUUGAAACUAGCUACUAGAAGCAAUCUUUCCGGAGCUGAGGAAUUGUUCGUCAGCAAAUUCCAAAUGCUUUUCCAAAACGGACAAUAUGCUGAGGCAGCUAAAGUAGCUGCAAAUGCUCCCAAAGGAAUCUUGAGAACUCCCGCUACAAUACAAAUGUUCCAACAAGUACCCACUCAAGCAGGCCAGAAUAGUCCUCUUUUGCAAUAUUUUGGAAUUCUAUUGGAUCAAGGACAAUUAAAUAGAUACGAGUCCUUGGAAUUAUGCAAGCCAGUUCUUUUGCAAGGCCGCAAACAACUUUUAGAGAAGUGGAUUAAAGAAGAAAAAUUGGAGUGUUCUGAAGAGUUAGGAGAUUUAGUUAAGCAAGUUGAUCCUACCUUAGCUCUAUCAGUUUAUCUUAGAGCCAACGUACCAGCUAAAGUAAUCCAAAGCUUUGCCGAAACCGGACAAUUCCAAAAAAUCGUCUUGUACGCCAAAAAAGUCUCUUACACUCCAGACUAUAUAUUUUUAUUGCGGCAAGUGAUGAGAACCAAUCCGGAUCAAGGUGCAGCUUUUGCCAGUAUGCUCGUAGCCGACGAAGAACCUUUGGCGGAUAUCAAUCAAAUCGUGGAUAUUUUUAUGGAGCAAAAUAUGGUACAACAAUGCACCUCGUUUUUGUUGGAUGCUUUAAAACAUAAUCGACCAUCCGAGGGACAUUUGCAGACCAGGAUACUUGAGAUGAAUCUUAUGUCUGUGCCCCAAGUUGCUGAUGCUAUUUUAGGUAACAAUAUGUUUACUCACUACGACAGAGCUCACAUUGCACAGCUCUGUGAAAAAGCUGGCUUAUUGCAAAGAGCUUUGGAACAUUAUACUGACUUGUAUGACAUUAAGCGGGCUGUAGUGCACACUCAUCUUUUGCCAGCCGAUUGGUUGGUCAGUUUCUUUGGUACUUUGAGUGUUGAAGACAGUUUGGAGUGUCUCAAGGCUAUGUUAACUGCCAACAUUAGACAAAAUCUGCAAAUCUGCGUCCAAAUCGCAACCAAAUACCAUGAACAACUCACCACCAAAGCUCUUAUUGACUUAUUUGAAAGUUUCAAAAGUUACGAAGGCCUGUUCUAUUUCUUGGGCUCCAUUGUCAACUUUUCCCAAGACCAGGAAGUGCACUUCAAGUACAUCCAAGCUGCUUGCAAGACAGGUCAAAUCAAGGAAGUGGAACGUAUCUGUAGAGAAUCGAAUUGUUACAGUCCGGAAAGGGUUAAGAAUUUCUUGAAAGAAGCUAAAUUGACUGAUCAGUUGCCUUUGAUUAUUGUAUGUGAUCGUUUCGAUUUUGUGCAUGAUUUGGUUUUAUAUUUGUACAGGAACUCUUUGCAAAAGUAUAUUGAAAUUUAUGUUCAAAAAGUAAACCCCAGUCGUUUACCUGUGGUAGUUGGAGGAUUACUAGAUGUUGAUUGUUCUGAAGAUAUAAUUAAAAAUUUGAUUCUUGUGGUCAGAGGUCAGUUUUCUACUGAUGAAUUGGUAGAGGAAGUUGAGAAAAGAAACAGGCUUAAAUUGUUGUUGCCUUGGUUAGAAAGCAGAGUCCAUGAAGGAUGUGUAGAGCCAGCCACACACAAUGCUUUGGCUAAAAUUUAUAUAGAUUCUAAUAAUAAUGCUGAAAGAUUCCUCAAAGAAAAUCAAUGGUACGAUUCUAGGGUUGUAGGACGUUACUGUGAAAAACGCGACCCCCAUCUUGCUUGUGUAGCUUACGAACGUGGCCAGUGCGACAGAGAACUCAUCGCAGUUUGUAAUGAAAACUCGCUAUUUAAAAGCGAAGCGAGGUACUUGGUACGGAGACGUGAUUCAGAACUUUGGGCUGAAGUACUGCAGGAAACCAACCCUUAUCGUAGACAGUUGAUCGAUCAAGUUGUGCAGACUGCACUCAGUGAAACACAGGACCCAGAAGACAUUUCUGUAACAGUCAAAGCCUUCAUGACAGCUGAUUUGCCCAACGAGCUUAUUGAAUUGCUAGAAAAAAUCGUCUUGGACAGUUCCGUUUUCUCAGAUCACAGGAAUUUGCAAAAUUUGCUCAUCCUCACAGCAAUAAAGGCCGAUGCUACCCGUGUAAUGGACUACAUCAACCGUUUAGACAACUAUGAUGCUCCUGAUAUUGCAAAUAUCGCCAUCAACAAUCAUUUGUAUGAAGAAGCUUUUGCAAUCUUUAAGAAAUUUGACGUUAACACUUCUGCAAUCCAAGUUCUGAUUGAACAGGUCAACAAUUUGGAUAGAGCAUAUGAAUUUGCAGAACGUUGCAACGAGCCAGCAGUUUGGAGCCAGUUAGCCAAGGCCCAACUCAAUCAAGGUUUAGUUAAAGAGGCCAUCGAUUCCUACAUCAAGGCCGAUGAUCCUUCAGCUUACAUGGAUGUAGUGGAGACUGCUUCUAAAAAUGAUAGUUGGGAGGAUUUGGUGAGGUAUUUGCAGAUGGCUAGGAAGAAAGCCAGAGAAAGCUACGUUGAGUCCGAACUGAUCUACGCCUACGCUAGAACUGGUAGAUUAGCUGAUUUGGAAGAGUUUAUUUCUGGUCCCAAUCAUGCUGAUAUCCAAAAAAUUGGAGACAGAUGCUUUGAUGAUAAAAUGUACGAUGCUGCUAAGCUUUUGUACAACAAUGUUUCCAACUUUGCCAGGUUGGCUAUAACUUUGGUACAUCUUAAAGAAUUUCAGGGUGCAGUAGAUAGUGCUCGUAAAGCAAACAGCACCAGAACCUGGAAGGAAGUUUGUUUCGCAUGUGUUGAUGCCGAAGAAUUCCGUCUAGCGCAAAUGUGUGGAAUGCAUAUUGUUGUUCAUGCCGACGAGCUACAAGAUCUCAUCGAUUAUUACCAGGAUAGAGGAUACUUUGAGGAAUUGAUAGGAUUGUUGGAAGCAGCUUUGGGUCUUGAACGCGCCCACAUGGGCAUGUUUACGGAGUUGGCUAUUUUGUAUUCGAAAUACAAACCAGCCAAGAUGCGUGAACAUUUGGAAUUGUUCUGGUCUAGAGUUAAUAUUCCCAAGGUAUUGAGAGCAGCGGAACAAGCUCAUCUCUGGGCCGAAUUGGUAUUCCUUUUCGACAAAUACGAAGAAUACGAUAACGCGGUGUUGGCAAUGAUGGCUCAUCCCACUGAAGCAUGGCGCGAGGGUCACUUCAAGGACAUCAUUACCAAAGUUGCCAACAUUGAGCUCUACUACAAAGCUAUCCAAUUUUAUUUGGACUACAAACCUUUGCUAUUGAACGAUCUAUUGUUGGUUUUGGCACCUAGAAUGGACCAUACAAGAGCUGUGUCCUUCUUUACCAAAACUAAUCAUUUGCAAUUGGUGAAAUCUUACCUCCGGUCUGUCCAAAAUCUUAAUAACAAAGCUAUUAAUGAUGCCUUGAAUUCGUUGCUUAUUGAAGAAGAAGACUUCCAGGGUUUGAGAACAUCAAUUGAUGCUUUCGACAACUUUGACAAUAUUGGCUUGGCUCAAAGAUUAGAAAAACACGAACUUACCGAAUUUAGACGAAUUGCCGCAUACUUGUAUAAAGGAAACAACAGAUGGAAACAAAGUGUGGAAUUAUGCAAAAAAGAUAGACUGUUCCGCGACGCUAUGGAAUAUACCGCAGAAAGUAGGAACCAGGAGCUCGCUGAGGAAUUAUUGGCUUGGUUUUUAGAAAGGAAAGCCUACGAUUGUUUCGCAGCAUGUCUAUUCCAGUGCUACGAUCUUCUCCGUCCCGACGUCAUCAUGGAAUUGGCAUGGCGUCACCAAAUCAUGGAUUUCGCAAUGCCCUACCUCAUCCAGGUAACCAGAGAUUUAACGAGCAAAGUUGAAAAAUUGGAACAAUCAGACGCCCAACGGAAAACAGAAGCAGCAGAACAAGAUGCCAAACAACCGAUGAUGAUUCCCGAACCCCAACUUAUGUUGACGGCAGGGCCUGGAAUAGGUAUGCCGCCACAAGCUUAUGUACCACCACAAGCCUACCCUCAACCUGGCUAUGCGCCCCAAAUGCCCUACCAAGGCGCUUAUCCUGGCAGUAUGUAGGGCCAGGCCCCCACAUUCGGGACACCUUCACACCAACAACAGCAGCGUAGAAAAUAUUUUUAGUGAUCUACUAGGUAAUGAAUUUGAGAGUCAAUGCUUCUGAAUGAAUAUAAAUGUGAGGAAAUAGAGACCCUGCACACACUACAUUUUGUGUCAGAAAUAAAUAAAUCAUCCACAAAUGCUAUGAAAAUUCAAUACCUGUAGCUAGCUUAAUAAAUUUUAUUUACCUUAAAAGGAAUGUAUAUGAGAUUUCUUUACAACUUUCUGUUAGCCCCCUUGUAAGUAACAAAAAAUAAAAUUAAUGUAUUCUUGCACAGAAAUAGAAGUUCUGUUAAAUUACGUACUAUUAGUUGUUAAAAAGCGAGGCAAAGUAACUUCUAAGUCUCCAAAUAAGUAACUUUGCUCACUUGCUUGAGUUAAGGUUCAGAAUUUAAUCGCUUUAUAAAGUUGUAUAUAUUUUAUUGUGCUGAAGUGAUGGGAUACCUAGGGAAUUUUAAUUUUUUCAAAUUUUUGUUUGCCAGAUCAGUAUGCUUUGUCUCUCUCAUAGGAGAAAAGUAGCUUCUGUGCUAUCGAGUAUGUGUAAAUAAUAUUUCAUUUCUAAAAUUUCUUUAGUGUAGGAGUGUAGGUGAAUAUUGAGUUUUUUUAUUAUCAUUCCUGAUUAUUUUGUUAAAGCAUAAUUAAUUAUUGUCACUAAUUAUAUUAUAUGUAUAUGAUAAUGCUGUUUUUAAGUUAUUCUAGAUGGUUCUUUCUACAUUUUUUUUAAAAAUUAUGUAUUACGAAUAUUAUAAGUUGUUUCCAUGUGUCGUGGCACUUAGUUUUGUUUGGCUGUAAAAUGCCCCACAUUAUUUUUACUUAUGUUUUACGUUUAUAUUUAAUUAUAAAAAAUAUUUGGAUUAUAGUUAUUUUUCCUAUAUUUAGUGAGCUAAAUAAACAAAUUAUUGAAAUUAAAAUUCUAGU